AAAAUGCAGCCCACGGCCACCAUGGCCACAGCGGCCGCCACUACCGCCACGGUUGCCCUGACGACUUCGUGGGACAAUGCCACCAGCCGCCCCACGGCGGAGCCUGACCCCAUCUUGGACAACUAUGUGCUGCUGGUGGUGGUGAUGUCGCUGUUCGUUGGAGGCACGCUGGUGGUACUGUCUGGCGUUCUUCUGCUCUGCAAACGCUGCUGGGAGGUGCACCAGCGCUUCAACAGAGCCAUGGAGGAAGCAGAGAAGACCACCACUACCUACCUGGACAACGGCACCCACCCUAUACAAGACCCCGACUGCAGAGGGGAAGACCCCGAGGGGCAGGACACCGAAACAGAGCGCUUCCUAGCCACCAGCUCCACCGGCCGCCGCGUGUCCUUCAACGAGGCUGCCUUGUUCGAACAGAGCCGCAAGGCUCAGGACAAGGGCCGCCGGUACACCCUGACAGAAGGGGAUUUCCAUCACCUCAAGAAUGCCCGCCUCACCCACCUCCACCUACCGCCCCUCAAAAUUGCUACUAUCCAUGAAUGUGAUUCAGGGGAGGCCAGCGCAGCGGCCACCCCCCACCCAGCUGCCACCCCCAAGGACAGCUUGGCUAUUUUCCAGCCCCCUGGGAAGACCCUCACUGGCCACUCAGUGGGUCCCAGCUCAGCCCUGCCAGGCGAUCCCUACAACUCCGUGGACUUCUCGGAGAUCAGCCCCUCAGCCUCCAGUGACUCUGGGGAGGGCACCUCGUUAGAUGCAGGUACCCGGGGUGCCAAGCCUGCUGGGCCUGAGACAGUGCCUGGGGAGAUGGGCACAGGCUCCUCCGGAGCGGGCACUGUUUUGCAAUUCUUCACUCGGCUACGCCGCCAUGCCAGCCUGGAUGGAGCCAGCCCCUACUUCAAGGUCAAGAAAUGGAAGCUGGAGCCCAGCCAGAGAGCAUCCAGUCUGGACACGAGAGCUGCUGCUUUAGAGAGUGACUUCCAUAUGCAGGUGACUGUGGCUGUGUCCAUAAAGCAGUUUACACAGACAGGCGGCUGCUUAGAGUACAGGGCUGCCUAA